GUUGAAUGAAGACGACUGAACUGAAGAGUCGCCGUCGACAAUGUGUCUAACCGCACGUGUUGCACGUGAGAAAUUUCCCGCACAAAAUUUUACUCUUUUCGUCUUCUUCCCAAAUCUGGGAUUCUUGGAUUUGGAAAUUUGCUGAAUCCAUGGAUCGUGUUUUAAUUUCCCGUUUUGGUAUUCCCUCUACUCUCUCCCCUUUCCAGUACCGACGUAAGAGUUUCCCGACCGUCACUCGACGACUGGCGCCGGCCAUUGUUUGCUCCAAACGAUCUCCGAUCGAGGGAGUGAGUGACGAGCUGAAUCUGAUCGCGUCGCAGAACUUAGAUCAAGCUCCCGCACGAAGACAAGUCCGUUCCGCUUUUGUUGACUUGCAGCUUCAGCUCGAUCACUGCUUGUUCAAGGAAGCUCCGAUUGGGAUCAGAACACAGGAGUGGUAUGAGAGAAAUUGGAAAGGGGAAGAAGUUUUCUGCAAGAGUUGGUUGCCCAAAUCCGGUGACGAAAUCAAAGCUGCGGUGUAUUUCUGUCAUGGCUAUGGAAGCACUUGCACUUUUUUCUUCGAUGGUAUAGCAAAGCAAAUAGCAGGUUCUGGCUAUGGAGUUUAUGCGGUAGACCAUCCUGGCUUUGGCCUCUCAGAUGGUUUACAUGGUCACAUUCCAAGUUUUGAUGACUUAGCUGAAAAUGUUAUUGAACAGUUCACUAAAAUGAAAGGGAGACCUGAAUUGAAAAACUUGCCCCGAUUCCUGCUUGGACAGUCAAUGGGAGGAGCUCUUGCCUUGAAAGUUCAUCUGAAAGAACCUCGAGCUUGGGACGGUCUUAUCCUUGUUGCUCCAAUGUGUAAGAUUUCAGAAGAUGUAAAACCUCCUUCGCUAGUCUUGAAGGCAUUAAUCUUUAUGUCGACACUAUUUCCCAAAGCAAAGCUCUUUCCAAAGCAAGACUUGAGCGAGCUCUUCUUCAGAGACCCUAGUAAAAGAAAAUUGUGCGAGUACGAUGUGAUUUGCUACGAUGAUCAAACGCGUUUGAAAACCGGUGUUGAGCUACUAAAUGCCACAACAGACAUUGAGAUGCAAGUUGACAAGGUCUCGUUGCCACUGUUGAUACUUCAUGGAGACGCUGACAAAGUCACAGAUCCCACUGUGAGCAAAUUCCUUCAUGAUCAUGCAAUCAGCCAUGACAAGACUCUAAAACUCUAUCCAGGUGGCUACCAUUGCAUUCUAGAAGGUGAUACAGACGAAAAUAUUUACACCGUAAUCAACGACAUAGUUGCUUGGCUCGAUGCCCGCGUUGCUCCCAAGUAAAGUGAGAUAAUUAUAUCUCCACAAUCCAAUAUUUAUAAAUGUCUUUUGAAAACUGUAGAGCCGCUGCGAUUAAUAACAUGCGGACAAAAAAUAAAAAAAUCUAUGGCUUACAGUGUACACAUAACCUUGGCCAUUUCUUGCUUAGCUAGUGCCUCUAGUGCUACAUAAGACGCAUCUAUUAAACUGUA